AUGGCAAUCUCCUGGGGCACCAUCAAAUCCCUCCUACUCUUCUUUGGCCCCAUCCUCCUCCCCAAAGCAAUAGGAUACUACCGCUCCGCACGCUCAGCACCUACCAUUCACGGGAUACCCAUCCGUCCAGUUCCCUCCUCAGUAAAACGUGCACUCCUUAUUCUCUUCGUCACAGCAUUGGCAUUCCUCCUCCGCACUCUCCCAGCAUUUGCGCCAGAGAAUAUAUUCCAGCUCACUAAAUCCCGUAUCCAAAUCCCCAACGAUGUCCUCUUCGCUCGACUGAAUGCCCUCCGGCCUGGUCAGCCAGGACUAACAUCAUCCGACACCCUGCUGCGCAGUAGAAUCAACUCCCUCGAAUCCCGUCUCUUAUUCUUCCAGUUCGGCCCGGACGUCUUGACAAACUGCCAAUUCUGCAACGCCGAGGAUCCCAAUACCUACCUUUAUUACUUCCUCCCUGCCCUGCUCGCGCCACAUUUGUUUAAUAUUUGCGUCCUCGCGCUUGUUACCAGCGGCCUGUUUACGGGAAAGGACGGGGGCUUAUGGCGCAUGAGUGCGACUCUCGCUGGGGGCGCAGCGAUACUCUUGGACGUAUGGAUUACGGCUACUUAUAGCUACCAAGAAAAUGCGCGGGCGACGAGAUUAGAAGACCUCCAUCCCUUUUUCUGGAGGAUGCGCGUAUACCGCUUUAUAGGGCUAGCGUUUAUCGACGGACUCCUGGGAUGGCUUCUCUACCUCUCCAGCACGAACCGUGCAUUCAUCAUUCCAGCCACACCGGGUGAGCGCAUCGAGUCUAGCACGAAGUUACUUGAUAAUGUGCGAAGUAAGAUGAACGCCAUGAGCAUAUUAAGGAAUACGGUGAAUCGGGAUAAGGAGUUAAGAGAGAGGAGCAGGGAGUAUUGGGUUAUGGAAGGGGACUUGAUGGGCGAGUUGAUGGAGGAGAGGGAGGUGGUUGAGGGCGUGAAUAAUGCGCUGGAGAAUAGGAUUGAUAUAAGGACGAUAAGUGCGGACGCGGAGACUUAUGCGGAGAAUGUUCUAGCGCCCCUUCGGGCGAUGCAGGGGACGACGGAUAGCUAG